CGACGUCUUCGCCGACCCGGUGCGGGGAACAGUCAAUCUUCUGGUAGAAUACAUGGAUGGUGGAUCUUUGGAAGACUUAGUAAGGGCAGGGGGUUGCGACGACGAAGCGGUCUUGGCAAAUAUGGCGCGGAACAUAUUGGUGGGUCUGAACUAUCUGCACGAACGACAAAAGAUACAUCGGGACAUUAAACCGGGAAACCUUUUGAUGAAUACCAAAGGUGUGGUUAAAAUCGCCGAUUUUGGUGUCUCUCGCAAUCUUACAGGGACCUCGGAUCUCUCCAAGACGUUUGUGGGGACGGUCGGGUACAUGAGUCCCGAGCGAAUUCAGGGCCACAAAUACAAUGCCAAGGCCGAUGUGUGGAGCUUUGGCUUAAGCCUUUUGGCGUGCGCGUUGGGCGCAUUCCCAUAUGAACGUCAGGUCUCUUCCUUGAGUUAUUUUGAGCUUGUCAAUGCUGUAUGUGACGAACCCAGCCCAGAGUUGCCUCCAGGAGACCGCCGUUUCAGCCCAGAGUUCCGAGAUUUUCUCCGGUUAUGCCUUUUGAAGAAUCCAAGCGAACGACCUUCGGCAGAAAAUCUCUUGUUCCAUCCGUACGUACGAAAGCAUACGGGAGGAGAGUGGUUGAGCAAAGAGGGCGAAAGACCAGUCAAGACAGAUUCUGGCUCACCUAUGGCAACAACAGCGAUCAAAUCUUUGAAGGUAAAGAGGGCGGAACUCCAUCAGAUCGCAGAUGCCUUGGCCGUGCAUUUUGAACGUCGCCGGCGUUCAAGCCGCUUGGAAAGCAUCGGUUCUGCCUCUACAUCGGGAUCGACAACUGGCCAUGUAAUGAGUGCGAUAUCUAAUGGAGCUAGUAGAGGUGGUAGCGGUAACCUUGGGGCAUGCAAUUUGCCUUUUUCUUCCCUCCAUCUCAUGGAUCACGUUACUCCAAGCCAGAUCCGCAGACUAGCCGAGACGCUGCACCUUGAAGAGGCCUAUGUAAAAGAGACCCUACAUAUUAAACUCUGCGGUCUUGUCAUGUUCCCGGACAAGGAGCUAGAUAUCGCCUUGCAAGGAGAUCGAGGUACAGGAGGAGGAAAUAUGACAGGUGGUGAGAUCAGUGGUCAUGCGUCGCGGUCCACCUCAUCCUUAUCUGUCUCAGCAUGGUCUCUUUCCGGUCGAUCACUCCAUCCUAUGUUGGUUCGACGAGCAUCAUCAUUAAUUCGCCAAGACACCUGCGGAAUCACCGUACACGAUGAUGACGAACAGAGGUCAAACUUAUCUAAUUCCUCUUCCUAUUCCAGCCUUUUAUUGUCACGAAAGAAUGGUGUAGCUACUAAAUCAAAGGCAUCAAAUUUGUACAGUGAGAAGAGAAGUGCGAAGUUGAACAUGUUGACAAGUAAUGAUCACAUUUUAGCGAGUAAAGCUAGCGAUGAUAAUGACGAUAUCAAAGGUUUGAGGGGAAGCGAAGAUAGUACAGCAGUCGUUCAAGGAGAUUUACCUCUAGUAACUUCAUCUUCUGAGGGAGUCAAUCAAUCAU